AUGUAUCAGCCAACAAUACGUGAAUUUGCUUCUCUCUUUAAGAAAGUAUUCACUGAGAUAAUCCUGAAGUAUAGGUAUGUUACGGCCACUGCUGUUGUAUUUUCCAUACUAGCGUUUAUUUCAACGUAUUUUUUCACAAAAAUAGCUGAAGCUUCUUCGAUAUUGCUCGACAAGUCUAGCACCAUCCCUUUUGAAACUAGGCUGGCAAGUUUAACGAAAACAACGCUAAUUGCUGUGUCUUUGAGGUAUAUCCCAGUUGCUAUCUUCACAUUUCUCGUCCAGCUAAUUUCCAGAGACAAGUUCGUUGAGGAUCUUGAAAGAUAUAUGAACCUUAAAUACACAAAAUUUCACAGGAAAACACCGGGAGAGAUUAGAUUCACAAUAUUCCUUAGAUCCCUUUCAUAUCCUAUCUGUGCGCAAAUAGUAAUAUUCGAUUUUGUGACAAUCAUCGGGACAACACUUUUUACAUUCAUAAAAGCAUACAACGACAUCAAUUUCUAUGCUGCAUGCAUAUUCCCUUUAUUUCCUGUUUUAUACGGCAUUGCCACUCUGAUUUUUCUUAAGUACAGACUGAUGUACAACACCCGUAAUUUGGAGGAGCAGGAAAAAACAUCGGCACGUAUCUACGACAAGCUCUCAAACUAUGAUGUUAUUAAAACAUAUAACCUCGAAGCAGAGGAAAUUUUAUCUUUCCGAAAAAGUCUAAAAGAUCAAGCUGAUUGCCAACUACAGUCCGAUAUAUUCUUUGCAAAGGGAAAGUAUGUUAUCCGGUUCAUAACAAUGCUUCCGUAUGUUAUACUUGGGCUUUUUUCAUUCAUUUCUCCUAGUACAAUGAAUGGAAAGAUUCUUUUCCAGGCCAUUCUUCUUUUCUCGUCGUUAUCACUGCAAAUUAAAAAAAUGGGCAUUCAAAUUUCAAGACUAGCCAAUUUGUUAAAUCAAAUACGAUUUGAUAGCAUCGAGGAAGAUCCUCCAAAGAUCACCAGCAGGCAGAAGUCAACAUUUAAAAGCACGAUCAGGUUUGUUGGGGUUAAUUUAUAUCACGGCGAGACCUGUAUCGUGGAGGAUAUCAAUAUAACCAUAAGAAAAGGAGAACGGAUAGCAGUUGUGGGAAAUAAUGGCACUGGAAAAAGCACAUUCAUUAAAUCCAUUCUUGGAUUUACGGAAUAUACCGGGGAUAUUCUGAUUGAUGAUAUUAGCCUGAAAGAUCUUCCCAAUAGAUCGAUUUUCAGUCUUAUUUCAUAUAUCCCCCAAGAUGAUUUUACAUCAGAUGACACAGUGCUGAAUAAUUUGAAAUUGGGAAACAAGGCUGCAAGCAGGGAGCAUAUUGAAAGUAAAGCAAGACUAUUUGAGGCGCAUGAUGCCUUUGUUGGUCUUGAUAAUGGAUAUGAUACUGAAGCAGGAAUAAAAGGUAACAGAUUGAGUGGCGGGCAGAAACAAAAGAUCUCAAUAGUUAGGGCGGCAGUGAAGGAUGCCCCAAUAUUUAUAUUUGAUGAGGCAACUGCUGCAAUAGAUAAAGGAUACGAAAAGACGGUUAUGGAAAUACUUCUAAGCAAGAUGAAAGAAAAGACCGUUUUAAUGAUUAUUCAUCAAAAAGAUUAUCUUGAAAGCUUCGAUAAGAUUAUAUUUCUGACCGACGGAAGGGUUGAAGCCUGUGAAGAAUACCACAGCUUGAUUGCAAGUAACGAGAAGUUUAAAGAGUUUAUUGGAGCUACAGCUAAGGAGUAA